GGUCACGUUACUGAUAACGUCACGCGAUGGUGGGGGCCGCAUUCAAGACCCGCCAAGCGGCAAGAAAUAUUACGGCUUGAACUUCCUCCACGCAGGAGGAAGCCAUAUCAGUGUAUUCAAGCACCAGAGAAGUCUGGGAAAUGGAAAUAUGUCUGUUCGGGGUCACUACGGCUUAUUCAAACUUUAACGCCGUUAGGUCCGUGACACAAGGUUGGCUUAGCUGCGGAAUUUUCCGACUUGAUUUGUCACACAGGUUCAACGAUGGCUGACAAGAUGGAAGAUGUGAAAUAUUUCUCUCCUGCAAGAAUAAGUGACAAAGAUUUAGAUGCGAUCCGUCAGGCCAGUGAGCCAUUCAGUCCAGCAUGGUUUAUUCUCCUAGAGAUCGCCGAGGCGGAUCCAGCAAGGUGGAAUGUUCUCCUUGAAAGCAUUCUGGGUGCUCUUACUAUCGGUCUGGAGAAGGCGUUUUUCGAUGUUGUUCCAAACGACGAACAGACCUCGUCGACCAUGGAAAACUUUCACAAUGUUGAAUGUCGGGGAUUGAUCACUGAUGCUCUCAAACAGAAUCAAUGGAGGCCCUUGAUCGAGUAUGUGGAAGCGAGACUGCGACGCACUAGGGAUACCAAUUCCCCAAAUCUUCGAUUGAUCGCUAAGCUUCUCAAUGAACAAAGUGAGUCCAAAGUUUGUAUUUUUUCCAGGGUUCUAAUUAGCCGCCAGAGCUUGCUGCCGCAUACCGUGCCCCUUUUGUUGGUGGUGCGCCUCUCACUUUCAUUAGGCACCUUGACCAACUCGACCGGGAUCCGAGAAACCGCAACCGACCACGUUAUGCUAAAGCCAUCUCAGUAGUCCAAAGCUCUGGGGUUGGGAAAUCGCGUAUGCUGACGGAGGUGUGUUUGUCCUCUGAUCCUGAAAAAGGAAUGACCUUAUUUGCUCUAGGUUGGUAGGCAAAUCUUUACCCUCCCUAUAUGUCUUCGUAGACCGGAUAAUCCUGGUUACCCGUUAUCGGACGAGCCCGUGUCCACCUAUUUUGGGGAGCUCAAGACCAACUGCGCAUGAGACUAUGGUAGGGUCUCUCGAAGAUAUUGUUGUU